CCUGGAGCCGGUGCGCGCAGGGGAGAGAUGGUGCAGCCCGGAUCCAAGAGGACGCGCUGACUGGCUGAAUGCUCCAAAAGUUUGUGGAAACUCUGGAAAACACGUCUAAGGGAAGUUAUCCGACAUGGGACAGAUGCAGAGCUCCGUGAACUUUAUUGGCACCAGCCAGGAUUUGGAUUUGGAGCUCCGCAGGACGCAGCGCUGCGCAGGGACGCGCCGCGUUCCCGCAGCCGGGACUGGGAUGGAGUGAAAGUGCGUGCGGGUUCUGAGAUGCGGGGACUGGGAUACUUUUGCGUGGCCCUGCUGCUGCUGUGGGGGCCGUGGGGGCCCGGCCUGGCCGGCAGGACGUGCCCGGACCUCGUCGUGGACAGCUGCCACUGCUCCGCGGAGCGGUCCAAGGAGCCGAGCCGGCUGCAGGUCCGAGUCCGGGUUCUGUGCGAGGACGUGGAGCUGAUGGACACGCUGCCCCCGGCGUUCCUGCCCAACAGGACGGUGUCGCUAAACCUGAGUAAUAACAAGAUCUCUCUGCUAAGGAAUGGCUCCUUCUAUGGCUUGGCUGCCCUGGAAAAGCUGGACCUGAAGAAUAAUUUGAUAAGUACAGUGGAGCCUGGAGCCUUCCGUGGUCUUCUAGCUCUGCGCAGACUGGAUCUGUCAAACAACAGGAUUGGUUGCCUUUCUCCUGAAAUGUUUAUUGAUCUGAGCAGCCUUUCAAAAUUGAAUUUAUCGGGGAACAUCUUCUCUACUCUGACCGCCAGACUCUUCACUCACCUGGUGGCUCUGAAAGUGCUGCACUUCAGCACUGAGACGUUGUUCUGCGACUGCCAGCUGAAGUGGCUGCUACUCUGGGCUCACCGUAACUCCGUGAGGAUAGGCAACGACACGGUGUGCGUUUACCCGACCCACCUGAACGGCCUGGAGUUCCGUAAUCUACGAGAACAUCAACUCAGCUGCGACAGCCCUCUGGAGCUGCCCCUGUUCCAGCUCAUCCCCUCCCAGAGGCAGCUGGUUUUCCACGGGGACCGGCUCCCCCUGCAGUGCACCGCCUCCUCCGUGGACCCCUCCAUGGAGCUGCGGUGGCGUCACAACGGCCUGGUCGUGACCACGCAGGAGGACCGGGGCGUCUACGUGGAGGAGACGCUGCUCCACGACUGCUGCCUGCUGACCAGCGAGGUCGUCCUCUCCAACAUCGACGUGGGAAUCACCGGCAGCUGGGAGUGCCUGGUGACCAGUUCCAGAGGGAACGCCUCCCAGCAAAUGGAGAUCGUGGUGGUGGAGACGUCGGCGCCGUACUGCCCGGCUGACAGAGUCACUAAUAACAAGGGGGAUUUCAGAUGGCCAAAGACCCUGGCUGGCAUCCUGGCCUUCCUGCCCUGCGCUCCGGCCAGCUUCGGUUCUGCCCCCCGCCCCUCUGGCAGCGGUCCUGGUCCUGGUCCUGGUUCUGGUUCUGGUCCUGGUUCUGGUUCUGGUUCUGGUCCUGCUCGCUCCGGCCAGAGGGAGAAGAAGGCGUGGCGGCGCUGCGACCGGGCCGGCCGGUGGGCCGAGGACGACUACACCCAGUGCCCUUACGCCAGUCAGCUGACCCGGGUGCUGCACGAGCUCACCCAGAUUCCCAUUAAUACCACGAAUGCACAGCCGUUAGGGAGGCAGCUGGUGGCCUUCACCAGCAGGGCCGCUCACUUCACGGAUGUCAUGGACGUCAUCUUUGUCACUCACCUGGUGGAGAGGCUGACGAGACUGGUGGAGAAGCAGAAAGAUUUGGGGGACUAUAUAUCAGACGUGGCCAGUAACAUGAUGCUGGUGGAAGAGCAUGUGUUGUGGAUGGCUCAGAACGAGGCCCGGGCCUGCACUCGCAUCGUCCAGUGUGUGGAGCGCAUCGCCGACCUGGCGCUGACCGGAGACAAUCAGGUCAUUUCUAAGGUGUCCGCUAACAUCGCUCUGGAGGCCUUUCUGAUCAGGCCGUCCAACUUCCUGGGUUUGUCCUGCACGGUGGUGCAGUGGUCCCCGGCGUCCCAGUCGUCCCCGGCGUCCCCGGCGUCCGCCGCCUCCCCUCUCCCUCACGGCCAGCUCCACCCGGACAAGGACAGGAGCCGGGAGCGCGACGCCAUGCAGGAGUCGCUGCUGAAUUUCAAAUGCCACACAGUCAACAACAGCGGCUCGCCCGCCAGCCAGCUCAGCAAGAACUCCGUGGCAGUCGCCUCGAUCCAUUUACCUCUGGCUGGAACGCCUGUCUCCUCCGCGCUGCAAUCUGUUGAUAACUCCACUUGCAAGCUGCAGUUCAUCGUCUUCCGCAAUGGCAAACUCUUCCCGUGCACGGGCAAUUCGUCGAACCUCGCGGACGACGGGAAGCGCAGGAGCGUGUCGACACCAGUUGCUUUCACCAAAUUAGAUGGGUGCAGCCGCGGCAGCGCCGUGCACUCCGUUACUAUAGCUCUCCGGCACUUCGCGCUGGGUGUCGACCCCACCGCAGCCUACUGGGAUUUUGACCUGCUGGAUGGACACGGCGGCUGGAGGGCAGAGGGCUGCCACAUAACCGGCUCGGGGGGCAACACGACCACCAUUCGCUGCACCCACCAUAAUAACUUUGCUGUGCUGAUGUGUGCCACCUCUUUUCCAGAAAGCAGCACAGCAGCUGUGAAGCCGAGGCGAUGCUCAGGAGGAGCGCCCUGUCAGGAGCGGCUCGCCUGCGAGCGCAACUCAAUCCGCAUCAGUCGGAAAGGAUGGCACAUGCUUCUCAACUUCUGUUUCCACACGGCUCUGACCUUCGCUGUGUUUGCCGGUGGCAUCAAUCGAAUCAAAUACCCCAUCAUCUGUCAAGCAGUCGGGGUUGUGCUGCACUACUCGUCUCUGUCCACCAUGCUGUGGCUCGGCGUGACGGCCAGGAACAUUUACAAACAGGUGACCAAGAAGCCGCCGCAGAGCCAGGAUGGAGACGCACCCCCCUCACCUAAACCCACCCUGUUGAGGUUUUAUCUGGUGAGCGGCGGCGUGCCCUUCAUCAUCUGUGGGGUCACAGCGGCCGUCAAUAUCGACUACUAUGGCAGCGGAGAGCAGGCGCCGUACUGCUGGAUGGCGUGGGAGCCGAGCCUGGGGGCCUUCUUCGGCCCCGUGGCGUUCAUCGUCCUGGUGACCUGCACCUACUUCCUGUGCACCUUCAUCCAGCUGCGACGGCACCCGGAGAAGAAGUACGAGCUCAAGCAGCUGACGGAGGAGCAGCAGAGGCUGGCCGGCAUCGGCGCGCCGAGCCACUGCCACCAGGGAGCCGAGCCCGGGGUCCUGGCCCCGCCGGCCGGCGGGGGCCACUGCCCCGCUGGCUGCCCGGGCGUCCCCAUCAACCCGGCGCUGCUGGCCAACGAGCACUCCUUCAAGGCCCAGCUGCGGACGGCGGCCUUCACCCUCUUCCUGUUCCUGGUCACCUGGACCUUCGGGGCGCUGGCCGUGUCCCAGGGCCACUUCCUGGACAUGAUCUUCAGCUGCCUCUACGGUGCCUUCUCCGUCACCCUCGGCCUCUUCGUCCUCAUCCACCACUGCGCCAAGCGCGACGACGUCUGGCACUGCUGGUGCUCCUGUUGUCCCGGGAGACACGGCGAGGCCUGCGCCGGCGCGGCCCAAGCGGCGCGGCCCAAGGUCAACGUGAACGGAGACACCCCGGGCCACGGCCACUGCCACCACGACUCGCCGUGCCCGGACAAGCCCCCGCUGGGCUGCAGCCACGGCUGCCACGGCAGCCACGGCAGCCUGGCCCUCUGCAAGCACUCGCAGAACCACCUGACGUGUCUGGCGCCGGUGACGCCGUGCUGCGCCGCGCUGCACAGCCAGCAGCUGCUAGAGGAGGAGCCGGGGGCCACGCACGUGUUGCUCCACGCCGACGCCGAGGGCUGCCGGCCGGGCAUCCAGCUGCACCCCUGCCUGAAGAGCAGCGCCAGGACUAAAGCCGCCCGCCACUUCGGCCCCCGGGCAGCCACCUGCGCGGUGGCGGCAGCGGCGGCGGGUGAGAGGGAGUACGCCUACCACCUCCCCUCCAGCGGGGACGGAGGCAGCAUGCACAGCUCGCACACGGACAGCCCCCACAGCACACACGAGCGCCACAUGUGUCCACAUCUGGCCCACGAGGGCCACCACCACGACGGGCACCACGCGUGCCACGCCGCCGAGCCCGCCCUGGCCUGCCACAACCCCUGCCACAGGCACAUCUGCUGCGCCAAGGCGGACCUCUUCCCCUCGCUGUGCCCGGCCGACGCCGGGGACACCGGCGUCUUCCUGUGCGGCUGCGGCAAGGUGGCGGAGGAGGACGCCAUGGCGACGCACCACCACCUGGAGAUGCAUGCCCCGCGGAGACAAUCCUACCCCCAGAACCCGCCCAAUCAGAACGGGAUUCUGAAGGGGGGCCUGCACGAAGGCCUCCUGUACACGUCGGACAGCACGGGGAAUAUACGCACCGGGCCCUGGAAGAACGAAACUACUGUGUAACUCUUGUCUUCCUACCAAAAUCAAUCGCCUCCCUUUUAAAUAACAGAAAAAAAGAAAAAAAAAAAGAGAGAGACAGAGAGAGAAAACUGAUUAACAUUUUAAGCAUCACAAGCAGCGUGGGAAAUUUUUAUUUUAAUGUCCACACAUUUUUAUGCGUGCUGUUUUAUUGUACAGAAACCAUUGCCAGUGCUCCCGGAGGAGCAUUCAAAACAGAACAGAAUCUCUUCCAUCACAACCAAGUCGGUGAAAUGUGUGUCAUAUUCCAUCAGAUGUAAUUCCAGGUAUUUCCACUGUUCCAUAUUACUACAGAUCUCUCUCUAUAUAUCUAUAUAUAAAUAUAUAUAUAUACAAGAAAAUGAAUGGUUGUAUGUAUGAAUAUGUGUGUUAGUGCUCCAAAAACUGCAGGAUGUUUUUUUUUAACACUCUGAAUCUGAAACUACCAUUAGUCUACACUGACAGUGAAUCUCCACGACUUCAAGGAACUCUUGGCAUCCAACGUUUUAGAUGACUUAACCAGCAAUUUUAGACUUCAUACGAGUGCGUCUGCCUUUCAGUCAAGCAACUUUCAAUAUCUACAGGAGGUUUUCUAAAUAACAUACAAGGAUGCGGUUACUUGUGCAGAGAUGGGCUCGUGUAGGGGAAGCUGUGCAAACCACAGCAGCAGAAAAAACGGAAAGUAAAUCUUCAGUCUUAUUAAGGUUGGUAUUGAUUGUGAUGUCUCCUCCGUUUUGUUUCCUUUUUUUCCUGAAGAGAAUCAAACGAUGGCACAGCAACUGCAACAGCCAGGCGUUUGGUUCUAUGCUAGAAAGAUGUGCAGGUAUUUGUCUUCAGCUCGGCUUACAAAUGCUUCUCACGACAACAGAAAAUCAAUUACCGUAUUUUCCGGACUAUAAGUCGCUACCGGAGUACAAGUCGCACCAGCCAUAAAAUGCAUAAUAAAGAAGGAAAAAACAUACAUAAGUCGCACUGGAGUAUAAGUCGCAUUUUUGGAGGAAAUUUAUUUUAUAAAAUCCAACACCAACAACAGACAUGUCAUCCUGAAAGGCCAUUUAAAAUAAAAAUAGAAUAUAGGUAAGGUUUGCUUACGUUACAUGACACAACUGAGAAUGUGCCUUGUAGCAUCCUAUGUCACGUCUUGGGGUAAGAUGUGGACCCAAACGCAGGAGAGCAGGAGGCGGGAGGCAGGAGUCGGCAAAAAAUAGGGUUUAUUUAACAAAAAAAUCAAACUAAAAGCGCUGCAGAGCAGGAUCAAAACAA